CUUAACUGUUAUUUCAUCCAAGAAAUAUAAAUUACAACAUUUAGAGGAAAACAAUAAUGACAAUAACACUGAAUCUCAACCUAUUGUUGAAUCUCAACCUACUAUUGAAUCUCAAUCUACUAUUGAACCGCAAUCUAUUGUUACCAAUCUGUUUGUUACCAAAUAUCGUGGACGAUCACCUAAAAGAUUAAAGAGCACACUAGAAGACAUUACAAACACUCAUCAAAAUUCUCAUAAUUCCAAUAACAUAAUUCUGAAUGAUAAUA